AUGACUUCAACUUCUUCCUAUGCCGUUGAUAUUUGUAAAUUACCGGAAGUGGUUAGAGAAAAAUUGGCUCAACUUGAUUUGGAAUUAACUGAAGGCGAUAUAACAGAGAAGGGUUACGAAAAGAAGAGGCAGCAAUUGAUUGAACCUUUUUUGAAGAAGACGUCGAAAAAAGAAUCGAACAAGAAAGACGAUAAAGUUCAAAAACAAAGACGUCGUACAACUCGAACUGAGACGCGUUACCAUUCGGAAAUCCGUCAAGAAGCAGUCCAACAAGCCUUAUCUAAUUUGGAAAAUAAAAACAACAAAAAAGAGGAACAGCAACAAAACAACAACAAAAAUAAUUUUUUAAUUUUGCCAACACAACAACAAAAUUCCAAAACUGGCUCAUUUAUUUCAUUUCGACAAAGAAUUGGUUCUAGAAAUUCAAGGAAAAUGCAAGGAGCACAGACUAGUGACAGCAGUUCAAAUGACGAAGACGAUCAAAUGGAAGAAGGAGGGAAUUGCAGCACAUUUGAUAGUGGGACUGGUGACAGUGCUAAAAAUAACAACAGCAAAAAAAUUCGUCGCGACAAAAAAUUGAAGGAAGAAAAAAUAAAAAUUGUUGAUGAUGGCGGGAAAGAAGGAGGAGGAAGAAACGGAGAAGAAGAAAAAGAAGAUCAAAUUGAUGGCAAAAUAUUAACAAAAAAUGUUUUAUUAAAUGAAGAAUCGUCUAUAACUCAGCAAAAAUACAAUUUAAUAGAAGAAACAUCAGGCUAUAUUUCUAUGCUUCAAAUACAGAAUAAUAAUUAUGAACCAAAACCUGGACCUAGUCAACAACAACAACAAAUAUUAAAUGAACCAAAAAAUCAUUUAUCUUCUCCAAUUUCAUCAAAAAAUAAACAAAAAUUAUCAAAAAAAGAAGAAAAUAAUUUGUUAUCAAAAAAUUCCCCACUUCCUCCACUACCGAAAAAUUUGACAGAAUUUUCUGAAAAAAUAGAUAAUCAACAACAACAUCAUUUACCUUUUCUUAGAAGAAGAAAUUUUAAUAAUGCAAGUAAUGGAAGAGGAAAAGAAAAUAAUAACAACAACAAUAAAUUACAACAUAAACCUUCACAAAUUGCUAAUCGGACUUCUGUUUUACUUUUGGAAGAUCGCCCCUUGCCUCAAUUACCACAACAACAAUUUUCAACAAAUUCAGACGAUGAUGAAAUUGAAGAUGAAAAACAAGAAGAAUUAGAAGAAGAUUUGGUGGGAGAACCAGAACCUCCAGUUUAUGUAAAUUCUACAAACGAUUCUGGAUUGGGAGGUUGUUCUUCAAAUGCUCCAAAAGAUUAUGCAAAUACUUCUAAUACUCGUAAAUUUUUUUAA